AUGACGCUCAUGCAUUACCUCGAGUCGACGCCCGUCCAGGCCUUUGGCUCUCUCGCCCGCCUCCUCACGAGCCCCGUCGUCACCGGCGCCGCACUGCUCGCCUUUACGCGGGCGCCCGCCGAGCUGCAGGCCGAGGUCGUCCGGCGCCUGUCGUUUCUGGGCGACAAGGCGGCCAGGCCCGAGACGGUCGAGCUGGCCCUCAAGGUCGUCUUUGGCUGGGGCCUGGUCAAGGGCGCCAACGCGGCGCUCAACUCGGCCGCCUCCAACGCGUGGCGCUUCACAAAGGCCAAGGGCUGGGACGACUGGCCCGCCGAGGUUGCCGUCGUCACCGGCGGCUGCAGCGGCAUCGGCCUCAACGUCGUCGAGCAGCUCACGGCGAGGGGCGUCAGGUGCGCCAUUCUCGACGUCCAGCCUCUGCCCAAGCGCCUCGAGGGCCACCGCCACGUGCGCUACUUCAAGUGCGACGUCACCGACCCAGAGUCUGUCCACAAGGCCGCCGACGCCGUCCGCGCCGAGUACGGCCACCCUUCGAUCCUGAUUAACAAUGCCGGCAUCACCGUCCCCAAGAACAUCCUCGACAUCCCUCCCGCCACCCUCAACAAGGUCUUUGCCGUCAACACAAUCUCCCACUGGUACAUGUGCCAGGCCUUUGUCCCCCACAUGAUCGAGGUCAACAAGGGCCAUGUCGUCACCGUCGCCAGCAUGGCCUCGUUUGUCGCCCUCGCCAAGGGUGCCGACUACUCGGCCACCAAGGCCGCCGCCCUCGCCUUUCACGAGUCGCUCAGCUCUGAGCUGCGCAACACCCACGGCGCCACUGGCGUCCUGACCACCGUUGUCCACCCCAACUUUGUCGCCACGCCCCUCGUCGCCAAAUUCAGCGGCGAGCUGCAAAAGGGUGGUAUUCGCCUCCUCACCAGCGACGACGUCGCCCGCCAGCUCACUGACCAGGUCUUUGCCUGCAAGGGUGCUCAGGUCGUCUGUCCCGAGAGAUUGUCCUUCAUCACCGGAUUCCGCAGUCUGCCCGCUUGGAUCCAGUUCCCUGUCCGCAACAUGAUUGCUACAAGCUCCAAGAACAUUUAA